CAUAUACAUACACAUACACUUGCAGAAUCAUUUAACAUUAUGGGGUCUAAAUUCAUUACUGUUUUUAUUAGCCUCAUGCUUGCAUCUGUACUGCUGGUUCAGGAUUGUUCAGGGGUACAGCAAUGUUUUGCCCCGACAGCUUGUGACACUAAUCUAGCAUCCUGCACCAUCGGACUAGAUUGCUUGGGGUCUUUGUUCACAAUGUGCGAUUUUGGCGACCUUCAACCCAACGGAGCUUGCCAAACCUUUCCAGGCACUACAACUCCUUACUGCGAAUGCAACUCUUGUAUUGGGCUCGUCAAUGAACUGUUCUAUUCCUGCUCUUGCAACAAUGCACCAAGCGGAUUAGUAUGUCCCACUGAUACAACAUUUGUUUCUUGUCGAUCCUUUGUGACAGGACAAGUUCAGUAUUCGUGUUGUAAAAGUCCUGAUGUAUGCUAA